UCUAUAUAUCCAUCCCCCUUCAAUAAAUGCUUGAAUCGUCCUACAAAGAACUGGACCAUUUUCUGGACUUGGUGGAUUCGUUUGAUAUAGCAGAUGUAGAUGAGCGUCUGAACCUCAGCGAAGCGCUUCGGCAAAGGUUGCCUUCGACUCGAAACAAGCCAUUUUUGCAAUGCAGUAUUGUUGAUAACUAACAAAUCAUCGGGGGCACUUCUCAAAGAGCCCAGUUGCCAGUUAUCAAGCGAUAUGCCUUGGUGCAGAGGGACUUGGAUGUUCUCGAUAUCCUAGUGCCGUUCCUCCGGGUGCGAUCCAUGCCCACAACUCGAGGCUGUGGAUUUCACGAGUACGAGGCAAAGAUCGUCAGUAACCUGCUGCAAUUGUUCCUCGCACUGGCAGGCGUAAGUAUAGGAGACUGCAAUGCUACCAGUAUGGAAGGAGAAGAGCAUAAUGAUGAAGCUGUGGAUAAGUUUGCCAAACGCAACAUUGCCAUUCUCUUCCAUCACCAAGUUUCCUUCCCGACCCGCAUCCUCACGUUACUGUAUGAAGUCCACCUCACCUCCGAUGCGUCUACCGUACACCUUCAGGAGCGUUACAAUAUAUUCUCAAUGGGAUUAGAUCUCCUACUCGCAACGUUUACAAACAACUCUACAUCUAUGAGAACGCAAUUCGAAGAUUUUGAAUGCGAUGAGUGUACUGCGGAAGACAUACUGGGCAGCAUCUUAUGGGAGCGCGCUCGCGAGCUAAUCCAUACCAGCGGUGCAAAUGGUACCCCUUGUCGAAUGAUGGCGCUUGUGCUUUUCAAACUAAUUCAAGUCUACGAGUUAGUUUGUGCAAGGACGACUGCCCAUCCUGUCUUAUCUGUAACGUUGUCAUAUCUGUUGCGAUGUUGUGCACCGAAUAAAAUGCAGGAUCGUGGUUUGUCUGCGUGCAGAGUGGUGGCUCUGGUGGACGCUGGAACAAAAGAUUUGCGGCGGCUACCUGUAAAUCGACUGCUUGUGAUGCGCAUGGCAGACAAACUGGGUCCCUGGGGAGAUGUUAUAUCAGGAGUGGUCGAGAUUGCACGAAGAUGGGAUCGUCUUCCCGGUCAACCAUCUGAUCAAAUGUGUUCAGUAUCUCUUGAUCUUCUAAAGCUUCUGAUAAGCUUGCGAAGCGUGUAUGUUACGAUAUUUCGCAUGUCGAACGAUAGUGUAUCGCCUGCAACCGAUUCCCCAGGCAUCUACUUUGCGAUCCCGCCACACUUAAAACCGCUCAUUCUGCAGAUGGAGUCCUAUUUGACCAGCUUUUUCAUCACUCGAGUCCGCUGGGUUAUCUGUGAACUCGCCCAUAUAUGCCUUGCGUGUAUUCGAACGGAUUGUGAACAGAGUGCUGUCGAAUGGGUGAUCAAAGAUCUGGAGGACCUGGGAGGUGGUCGAGACAAUAAGGCAAACCUUGAGCUGAACACCGUGGAAGAGAUGUACGCGUUUUUCACGUUCGGAAUGGCCGUGCUGAGCAAGUUCUGUGUCGUUACGACAGCGGAGAAGCAUAUACCACGAGAACUAUGUUCAACGGUUUUAUCCACCACGAAUCAAAAAGAGGCCUUCUCUGCUCCGAAUCAGUUGGCUACAAGAAGCAUGAUCUUAAUGUCCACGAUCGUCAAGAUAGGAGACUUAUGCAAUCGUCCGGCCGAAGCAAACGACAAAUUGGAAGCGGGCAACGCUGUUAACAAUAGUUCAUAUCGAAUGUUGUUCCGUAGCGUGUCACAACUUUGUCAAGUUAUCUUGAGACGGUGUUUUAGAGACCCACGCCGGUGGCCCUCGAUUCCUUGUUUACUCGACUUAGGGUUAGGGUUAGAUUCUGUCUCUUCCGGACAUACGUCGAUCUCUUCACUCAGAGAACAACAACACAGAAAGUCAAUAACAUCACACCCUCCCAUGUCAUCAAAGGUAUACCUACCACCAAUCUCGACACCACUCUCCCAAACACUCUCUACAUCCCCGCGCAGCUCAUGCACGCAAUCAGAAACUGCUUCCCCACCGGCAGAACUCACACAUCAGCCGACGUGCUACUCAGCAACCAUCACUGAAAUUCUGACCAGCAUGGCUGAUAUGCUCCGCUCAUUCCGAUCGCGAACAACAGAAGGCAGACCCCGCCGCCGACCGCGAUCCGCCUUAGACCAAUCCUCUUCGGCAAGUGCAGUCCAAGUAGAAGAUUUGUCAAAAGGUAAAUCCAAAAGCGCUUGCAAAGGUACAGACAAGGGCGGCCGAAAGAUUGGAGAAUCUGCGAACAAUCUGAGUAUGUGGGAUGCUGAUAUUGCGAGUUUCCUCAAGCAUGACCUUGCGACACUCAUCACCGCUCUACAAACAGAUUUGCUUCGUCCCCAUGAAAAUUCAAAGACCGGUUUAUUAGCUUCACACGUAAUUAGAGAACAUCUCCAUAUCUUAACCGACUACAUGGUUCCAGAAGACAUACCAUUCCCCGCAGUGCCCGGUUCUCGGAUAUCAACUGCAGCUCCAGAUCCCAGCAUUGCCAGCAAACCACGUCGGCUGGAUCCUCUUACGCUAGCGAAAUCAGAGGCAGUAGAGAUCAAGUACGGCCAGGUGACACUUGCCACUCCUACACCACCGGCCACGCCCCCUACAUUUGGGGGCAGGAAGCUUAUAUUACCUCCUAGAUUACCCGUUGGAAAUGCAAUGUAAAUAAUUAUAAUAGAGGUCACCGUUAAAACAGAUA